CUUAAUUUCAUUAAUUCGCAUUGGCCGUUGUCAUCCGCCUAAAAAGUGUUGAAACGAAAAAGACUUGGUGACGAACAAAAGUGAGGAACCGGUCGACCUUCGAGAAAAGAGUUUUAGAAUUUCAGCUCUUAAGCACUUCCAUCGUCAUGAUUGUUAUGAAUCGUUUGGAAAUGAUUUAUUUUUCGUCCCGACGUUCUUGGUACAGAAUAAAUUGGUGACUAACAAUGGCGAUCAUAUUGCGGCUCGGAGAGCGGAAAAAUGAGGUCGAGAAGCAACUCGAUUUCCAGGGUUUAUUCACAACUGAAAGAACUCGAAAAUACGGAAAUUUUAUAAAUCUUUCGAGUCAGCCGAGCACUGCCAGACGGACAAAAAAUGAAGCCUUAAAAAGCAUAAACGUCUGCUCCUCGUUUUUUAUAGUUGAGUGACAUCAAGACUAUUUUGCGGGUUUGCAAUAGCGCGCGUUUCAAAUGUGACGAGACGAAUAAAAAUGAUUACAGUGUGGAAGGAUUGACAAUCUCCCGGCGUGGGAACCGCAUUAGGAUUGUGGUCCGAGAAUAUAAUGGAGUUUCUCACGGUUCACCAAAGCUCUGAGGCUUUUCAGAGUCUGCCUUCCUCUGGCCACUCGAAUUAUAUCGCAUUCUAAGUCUGCGACAGCCUUGAUAAGCCUGACCUGGGAUAAGUUCGCUCUCGUAGGUCAAGCAGGAGUGAAAACUGAGCGACGCUUUUCGGAUGCUUCGGAGCAGUUGCAGCAAAGCUUUGUUCUCAUCUUCGAACGAUCGUGUCUAUGCGCGGGGUUUCAUUUGAGACAAUCGCGGAGCAUGACGAGGGGUUCGACGCUCGGAGGGACGAGGAGGAUCGGCGUAGCGGAAACCGGAAGUGAGUCGCGGAGCGAGUCAACGGCAAAAGUCCCGGGGAGAUCGGAUUCGAGCAGGAAAAUGAGCAAUCGAGCGGAGGAUCGAUUGAACGAUGUGGUAGCCGACGAGAAUUUUCGGCGAAGGGUCGAAAUAAUAUUCGACGGUUUGGCGGAGAUGCCGAAGGACUGGGACGUCUGGACGGUUCGCGAGCAACGGGAUUGGAUGUACGCCCAGUGCGGGAAUCUGUACAAAAAUUUACCAAAGAGUUUGACUUUCCUGUGCGUCGGAAGUGCGCUUAUCGAUGAUUGUGAGCGCCCCGAAUGCGAGGCGAGGCCCGAGUGGUUGGACCACGAAAAAUUUCUACGCGGUCAGCGCUUCGCGAUGGAUAACAUGGCGGGUAUUUUCUUCGCUCAAUUGCUUUCCCUCUACGCGCUAUUUUCCUUCGAGAACGGGCUCAAGCCUCUGGUCCUCACGGGCAAAUCGAGCGACCCGUUCACCGCUUUUCAGCGCUACUUGUCAACCGGCGUAAAAGUUAAAAAUUGGUACAGUUCUGACGUUUGGUCGAAAGACACCGUCGGCUAUAGGGAUCUCCAAACUGUGCGAAAGAUGCACGCGGUCGUACGUCAAAGGCUGUUCGACUCGAGCCUCGAAGACAUCGACGAAGCGUCCAAAAUUCACGACUCGUGGAGCCCUGCACGAGCCACUUUGCUCCAAGACAUUCGCAAUUCCUGUCCGGCUCCGUUAUCCGGACAGUGUCCGUUCGCUUACACCGAAAAUGAUAAAUUCAAGAGACCGAAAGGCAUGAACCAGGGCGAAAUGUCCGCCACCCAAUGCGGCUUUGUCGGCUUGGUCAUCCUCUAUCCCGAACGAUUUGGCAUUCACCGAUCGACCGAUGACGAUCUUGAUGCCUUUUGCCAUUUGUGGAGAAGCCUCGGAUACCUUCUGGGCAUCGAAGACGAAUUCAAUUUUUGUUCCGGAAGUCUCGAAGAGGUGAAGGAACGUUCGAGAGAUUUUCUCGAGUAUUGGGUCAAGCCAAAUUUGAGGGAAAUAACGCCGGAGUGGGAACACAUGCUUCGGUGCGUUACGGAGGGCAUUCAGUACUAUUUUCCCUCAGCGUCUUACGAGCAUGGGCUGCUUUAUCUGUCAGAGCUGCUCGAAAUGCCGAUGCCGAAACUCCGGUCAUCGAUGAGCUAUUUUUCGUGGAUUCGAUAUCUUUUAAUGAAGAAAACAUUCAAUUGGACGGCAAAGUUCGACGGCGUCCCGGCGCUGAUGAAUCGACGCUUAAUCAAAUCGAUCGAUCGAGCUGUCAAUUUUACCGAGGAGCAACUCAAGGUUUUGCGGGACAAGUCAAAUGAAACUCUUUCCAAGGGCAUCGCUGAGACAAACGCGGCUCGUUCGUCGAACGAUUUAGUGACCUCGACCUACUGGCACAAAGUGCCAUUUCUCGUUUUUUUAUCGACUUGCUUUUUGUUCAAAUGUCCUGCUAUUCUCAAGGAAUUAGUUAAGAAAUUUUUUCGCAUCGAUAAGAGCUUGAAUUAUUGAGUUUCGUCAAGGGUAAACUCACCGAAGGUGCUAUUAUCCUCGUUUUUAUCUUGCCAUUGCUUGUGAUAAAGUACACUGUUAUUCGUGUAGGUUUUAUUUUUCAUGUAACACGUAUGACGAAACAAAGCGUUGAAUCGAUCACUUUUCGCACAGCACUGUUUUUCAGAUUUUUCUAAAUUGUUUAGAAUUUUUAAGUUUUUCGAUACAGUUUUGUGAAAAUAUUUAGUUUCUGUUGUUGGUGCCAUUUUGUAUAGACUCGCACAUAAAAAGGUUUUUUUUAUGGAUUAUAGAUGUAAAUACGAAGGUAGGGAAAUAAAAAAUGAUUGAGUAUUUGAAAUAGUUUGUGAACGUUGAAAGGUGGUGGAGUAUGAAAUGAGCCUCGUGACACUUGUUAACCUCACUUUUAUAGAACAGAAUAAAUCCGGUGCUGUUUUAAAAA